ACAAGCAACCAACACAAUGGCAGCGCUUCCAUUCAGCGCGCCUUUGCGCACUCCGAAAUACAUAUGCGGAACAUGCCGGACGCGUUUACGGUCCUUCCGUACUCCAGCUAUCGUCACACAUCAAACUUUUAGCAGUGCGUCAUCGUCGAAUCGCCAAAUUAUUCACCGGCCUACGUCGCAACAACACCUUCGCAAGCGGGUCGACACCCACCCAGCCAAGAAUGGCUCUCUCUAUCGAUUUCAUAGAACACGCGAGUAUUCGACGACAGGUCCAGCACCCCUACCCGUUACCUCGGGCUUUGCACCACUCCCGCACCGCCGCCUGAUAUCUCUAUCUGGUCCCGACGCGGCCAAGUUCCUCCAAGGUCUCAUAACCAACAACGUCGACCUCAAUCAACCGAAGCCGUUCUAUGCGGCUUUUCUCAAUGCGCAGGGCAGGGUCUUGUGGGACGUCUUCGUAUGGGUAUGGCCAGAGCUUUUGGCGGAGGAGAAACAGUGGACCUGCUACAUCGAAGUGGAUGAGCGCGAAGCCGAGGAACUGAAAAAGCACCUAAAGCGACACAAACUACGCAGCAAAGUGGAAAUAGAGGAUAUAAGCGGGGACGAAGUGUGUGUAUGGGCAGCUUGGGGUUCUGCGGCAGACGCGCGCGUCAACGCCAACGAUACAAUGGUGGAUAUGCAGGACCCACGAGCACCAAACUUCCACCGCUACCUCGCAUACGCAGACGUAAAGGCACUAGUUCCAGGUACGGAGCCGCUGAGCGUUACCGAGUACCAGAUCGAGCGCUACAGGUACGGCAUAGCUGAAGGGCCAGACGAGAUACCCAGAGAGGAUGCGCUACCCAUGGAAUACAACUUUGACCUCUGGCACGGCAUAGACUUCAAAAAAGGAUGCUACGUUGGUCAAGAACUCACCAUUCGUACUAAACACACUGGUGUCGUGCGCAAGCGCGUCUUGCCCAUUACUCUUCAACUUCACCCCCUUGCUGAGCCAGUAGAGAAGAUAAUUGUAGAAUCCGGCAGUGAAAUCAAGACGAUUGAUGAUACACAAAUUGGACUCAAGAGGGGUCGUGCUCGAGGCAAGUUUAUUGCAAAUGUUGGGGAUGUGGGGCUGGCGUUGUGUCGGUUGGAGCAGAUGACCAGUAUGGUGAUUGAUGGGAGCGUGCAUGCGAGGACGCCGGAGAUGCGCUUCGCAUGUUAUACCCAUGAUAGAGAUGUUGUUGAGGUCCAGCCGGUGUUGCAUGAUUGGUUUUUGGAGCGGGAGAAGGAGUUGUGGGACAAGUAUGGGCUGAGGGGUUUGUAGUAUGAUAGUACAUUGUAUAGUCAGUCAUCUUGGAGAUGUAGUGUUUGUCGUUGAAGACGUGCACCUAGGUGACGUAGAAUACUUAAAAGCGACAAUGUGGGCAAACCCCUAUAUUUCAUUCCUAA